AUGGCUCGGACCAAGCAGACGGCGAGGGCUUCCACUGGCGGGAAGGUCCCUCGUCGAGCGAUGGCCACCAAGGCAGCCCGUCGUUCGGCGGGCCUGUGGCGCGAGAACGGGGAGGAGGUCCGUGAAAGGGCGUCCCACCGCGUCAACCGACCGUUCAUUGACUUCGAAGACUCAAGGAAUGCUGAACACCUCUCAACCCUUUGGGAGCACGCCGGACGCUCCGAUGUAUCCGCGGUUAGGUAUCAGGUAGGAGAUGGAUACUUCCGCAUUAGAUACAAAGAGGUCGAUAAUCGUGCACCCGUCGUGGCGGCCGUCUCUGCCGCCGGGGCCCGACUUCUCUUCGGGCCCCAUGUGCUGGCAUUCGUCACGGCUCGUCUGUCCCGGAAAGCUUGGUUCACUGCCGACCGGUGCUUCCGGCUCGGGCUCACCGAGAGUCACGGCGACGAGAGAGAGUAA